UAAGGUUAUAUUAUAUUCUUUUUAAAAUGAAGUUAUCAGUAUGCAGAACAUUUCUAUUCAAAAUAGCCAGACCUCCUAAUAUUGAAACAAAAUUUAUUUUUUAUAAACAAAAUAUAUUAUUAAAGGAUUUGUUACCAUACAUAGUUUACAAUCAAAUAUGUAUGCGAGAUCAAAUGUGUCGCUUUUAUUCGAACGAACGAAAUUCUGGUUUUAUUUCAAAACUUGUAGAAAACAUCAAGGAAGACAUGCAGAAAAACAAAGAAAUGAAGGAAUCAUUAAAAAAAUUCAGACAAGAAGCUGAAAAGCUGGAACAAUCAGAUGCAUUAAAAUCAGCAAGGCAAAAGUUUCAAUCCGUUGAAUUGGAAGCAAAUAAAAGUUCAGAAGUACUAAAAGAAAAAAUGGAAGAUUUAAAAGAAAAAGUUAAAGAAGUUUUUGAUGAAGCAAGUAAAACUGAAAUAGGAAAAAGAGCUGGUCAAUUAGGUGAAGAAAUAAGUAAAUCUGCAAAAGAAGCUGCUGAAUCUAUUUCAGAGAAAAGUCAAGCUAUCAGUAGGACAGGAGCCUUUCGAACUAUUUCACAAACUGCUGAGGCUGUUCGAGAAGAGCUAGAUCAGCAUGGAAUACGAGGUAGAGUUUAUAGUGCUCCAAAAGUAUUAAGAAAAAGGAAAGAAAUUGUUGGUAUAAAUUAUAACAAAUCAGUGGAAGCUAACUUUGAUGAAACAGGAGUAGAAUUACAUAAAGAUUCAAAAUUUUAUCAAUCGUGGCAAAAUUUCAAAGAUAAAAAUCCAUAUAUUAAUAAAGUACUUGAUUGGAAAAUUAAAUACGAAGCAUCAGAAAAUCCUGUAGUUCGAGCUUCAAGAUUACUUACAGACAAAGUAACUGAUAUUUUAGGUGGUCUGUUUCAAAAAACAGAAUUAUCACAGACCCUUACAGAAAUUUGUAAAAUUGAUCCUAGUUUCGACAAAGUUAAAUUUCUUAGGCAUUGUGAAAUUGACAUUAUUCCUAAUGUACUUGAGGCAAUUAUUCGAGGUGAUUUAGAAAUUUUAAAAGAUUGGUGUCAUGAAGCUCCUUAUAAUGUUAUUGCUCAACCCUUAACUCAAGCACUGAAGCUUGGUUAUCGAUUGGACAGCAAAGUUUUAGAUAUAGAUAACAUCGAUCUAUUAAUGGGCAAAGUCAUGGAUGAAGGACCAGUGUUAGCCAUUAGCUUCAUGACGCAACAAAUAAUGUGUGUUCGAGAUUCCAAAGGCAAUGUAAUUGAAGGUGAUCCAGAGAAAGUUAUGCGAGUAAAUUAUGUGUGGGUCUUGUGUCGAGACCCAAUGGAAUUAAAUCCAAAAUCUGCAUGGCGACUUUUGGAAAUUGGUGCCAAUAGUACUGAACAACUUGUUUAAUAAAUAAUUAAAGAUUAUAGUUUUUAAAAUUCAUAAAAAAAAUAUCUUCCAAAUUUUUCUUACCAAUAUCUAUAAAGUUUGAGUUUAUAUUAUUUUAUAUGAAUAUUAAAGCACAAUGAAAAAAGAAAUAAAAUAAAA